CUGCACGCCAAUAUAGAUCUUCCGCUUUUCCUCCAAUUCCCUCCUGGCUUUCUAAUGCACCCAGGGGGCCACUGCAAGAGGGAUCGGGCCCUAAGAGCUUCCCCCUCCAACACCCCCCCGGCUCUUGCUGCUACAGCGGCUACAGCUGCUACCACGGUAGUAGUAUCUACCGGCCAGUCCAUAAUCCUUGUCCAUUGUCCUGCGGACUUUGGGAUCGAUCAUCUUUUGUCAGUAUCUGGCUUGCAUCCUGUCUUCCUCCCUCCAUCCUUUUAGGCCGAUCCUCGGUCUUUAAAUGCGCAAAGCAUGAGAUGAGCACCGACCACGCCAGCCUCCAACAUCAACUUAGUUCAAGACGUCUUAGACCAACUGACAAGUCAUUCUUGCCGGACGAUCUUCGCUCGGUUCCGGCGCGCCAGUUAUGAUUGAUAAUAGCGAGACACAGCCGGGUCAAAUAUCCAGGUUCAAUAAUUGCUCCUCCGACAUGGUGGGAA